AUGGAUUACCUUCCCAUAGGUCUCCAAGCUACUGAUGUUCUCGUCGACAAACAUUUUCAUAAAAUUCCCGACAAAGCUUUUAGGAAAGAAACCUACAAACCGCGUAUUCCUUCUACAUUGAGUAGGAGAAAACGUAGGGAGAAAGAGGAACGGAGAAAUUCUCGAGAUCAAGGAGAAGAUCCAGAGCGACGAAGAGAUUCAAGAGAUGAGCGAGAGCGAGACGAUUGGGAAAGAGGAACACGAAAGAGACAAGAAGAACCAUAUAGGAAUCCAGAAAUCGAAGAAGCAGGUUACGAUUCCGAACCCGAUUACACAUCUAGACAACGCGAAAAAAAUAUGAGGGAUAGGAAUUGGGAAUCGAAAGGGGAGAGAGAUAGAGAUUUGAGAGAUAUUCCAAGACAUAGUGGCGCGGGUACAGGUACAGGUUAUGGAUAUGGAUAUCCUUAUGAAGAAUCAAAUCGAUCCAAUUCUCCACCAUCGCAGAUAUACAGUCAAGAACCACCACGUCUUCGUCCUGAAUAUCUUCCAAAGUACAGUGCUCCUCGACCAUUAGAUCCUGCUAGUCCAAAUCCUUACUAUUUUCCUCCUCCGCCUAUAGCACCAUUCCCAGACCCAUUCGAGAGAGAUGAAAAGAGAGGAAACUAUGAUUCAGAUGAACGAUACGAAAGAGAAAGAACACGCAGACCAAAACCCAUUCAAAGAAGUAGUUCCUACGAUGAUAUCCACAGUCAACGCAAAUCUUAUCCCUCAAAUACAGACCAAAGACUUUCCACUCAUAACACCAGUCGCAGACCUCGAUCUGAUCAUAGUGAAUCUAAAGAUACACAUACGGGUAGUAUGAAGGAUCGUGCCGAACGCUAUGGACUUAAAGAUGAAGUCAAAGGAUUAUUUACAGAUUCACCAAAAGGAUUGGUAGGAGGAGCGUUCGGAGCACUUGCAGGAGGAUGGGCGGCGGAAAAGCUUCAAGAAUCAAAGACGGGGAAGGAUAGAAAGGAUAUGGGAGAUCGGGCAAAGAUCUAUACGUUGAUUGGAGCGGCGGCGGGAGGAUUGUUGGCUAAUGCUGUGGUUGAUAAGUGGCAGGAUGGAAAGGAGGAGGCGAAGGAGAAACAGAAGAAAUGGGAUAAAAAAUACCCGGAUGGGAAGAUUGAUGGGAAUGAAGAGAGGGAGGAUAGAGAUGGAGGAAGAAGUGGAAGGGAAAGGAGAGAUUCGGUUAGGAGUCGAAGAGAUAGGGAUAGAGAUGAUAGUCGGGAAAGAUAUAUGGCUUAUGAGGAGAAGACUAGGAGAAGUGAUGGAAGAGGUUAUGAGGGGUGA